GUGUGUGAGAUGUAUGGCAUGCAGGUCCUCCGGCGGCCCGUGUCCCUGCCGUGCACACCUCAUAGCGGAAGGCGCUCACACACCGGAGUGGACAGGCACCACCCCCGCCCCCUCCAGGAGUCUCAUCCGCAGCAAUUAACCUUUGGAACAUGGUCUAAGAACAAGAAUGUUAAACUUACGAAUUUAAGAAAUGCAGGAACUUUGAGUAAUGAAAGCUCUUUAGAUGAGGCUACUUAUGAAAAACUGGCUGAAGAAACACUGGACUCAUUGGUAGAGUUUUUUGAGGACUUAGCAGAUGAAGCUUUUACACCAGAAGAUUAUGAUGUCUCCUUUGGGAUUGGAGUGUUAACAGUUACAUUAGGUGGAGACAUGGGAACCUAUGUAAUCAACAAGCAGACGCCAAACAAACAGAUUUGGUUGUCUUCUCCCACUAGUGGACCCAAGCGCUAUGACUGGACUGGAAGAAACUGGGUGUACACUCAUGAUGGAAAAUCCCUUCAUGAACUCCUGCAAAUGGAAAUCUCAACAGCAUUAAAAACUAAAUUAGACUUAUCUCCUUUAGUGCAUUCUGGAAAAGAAGAUACUUGAUCAUUGUCUGCUUCAAGAAAUCAAAAGACUUUGGUUGGUAGUCUCUCUCUGAUUGAUAGUUCCUGAGCUAAUUCUUUGUUCCAUUUUUUUGUCCUCCUUUUUUAUUUUGGGUUUCUAGCUUCACAACAUUGUGUAACAAAGUGAGAAUAAUAUAUUUUUGUUCUUAGCUCCUCAUGUUUGAGUUUCCUCUGUGUAAAUGUGUGAAUUUA